AUGUCAACACUUCUCCAGCAAUCAUAUCGUGAUAAGAGGCUGCCUCCAGUCCCAGCAGCAGCUUCGACGUACCAUCAUGACCCUCUCCUAUAUAUUGAACGACAGACGAAACACAUACAGCGUAAUCUUCAGGUUCUGAUUGACGCCCAAAGCGACGGCCUUCUCUCUGGACUGGCACGACCACGGUCAGACGAAUCCUACAGCAGAAGCUUGAGUCGAAACACUUCCGAAGCCAGUCGCUCGCAAUCCCCUUCUACGGUCCCCUCUAGGCAACCUGCACCCAAGAAAAUUGGGCUUCGGGCUGCUCGAGAUGGCAUCUUCCAAUCGAUCUAUGACCUACUGAAGCUGCGAGAGGAAGAACGAGAGAUCAUUACGACUCAAACGGAGGAGAGAGAAAGCGCGCUACAUGAUAUAGAGAGCUUUCUCUCAAAGAGAACCGGUCUCGAAGAAGCCAUCGCUUCUAUACAUGGCGAUGAGGAAAGCCAGCAUUCAAAGCAACUAGAAGAAGAGGCUCGGGCCCUCGCGACUGACAUUCAUGAAUUGGAGACCAGGCUGUAUGAGAUGAAAGCUAAACAUCGACAUCUUGUCAGUGAGAUUUCACAUAUCAACAACUCGAUCGAAGCCAAGCUAUCUUCCUAUACCGAAUCUUUGUCCAUACUCGACUCCGAUAUCCGAAAAUAUCUCCGAGACCCUCCCAUUCAACCCAUGUCGCAACGUCCAGGUGAAUCAACCUUCCACUCCUUGAACCCUAAACGCCGCACACUUGACAUGGCCCGGGAACAUUGGAACUCUGAGCAAGUCGGUUUACGCAGUAGACAACAGAAAGUAGAUGGAGAGAUUCUGGCGCUGGAAGAAGGAGGCGGAGUGUGGAAACAAGCAGUGACGGACGUCACCGGCUUUGAGAAGCGCCUCCGCGCCAACAUGCGACAUUAUGUUGAGAUUUCCACUCCAGCGACCGAGUCCGAGGGAUCCACAUCGACAGACUACAAAGACGAACUUGUUAAGAAUAUCUUGGAUGAUUUGGAAAAGACUACCCAACGCGUUGAAUCACAUUUGGAGCUCGCCGAGGACAAGGAUUGGAAGCUAUUGGUUUGCUGCAUUGCAGCUGAGCUAGAAGCUCUGCGAGAAGCAAGGGGUAUGCUUCUUUCUGCCUUCGCCUUGCCGGUGCAUAAAGAGGAUACACCCCUAAACUCGACUGGCAAUGCUUCUCCGAAGGACCAGGGCCAGGAUGAGGACCAUCAGCCCCCCUAUGAGGAUCCGCUAGCCCACGACGACCCGGAACCUCCAGCUGACUUGCUGAAGGAUGCAGAUUCUCAUCAUUCGGACACUGAGUCAAGGUCAGAGGAUGAUGAUGAGCCGGAUCCCGCUUGGUUGACCUGA